UGUGUCUCAACAUGAACACUCGAGUCAAGCAACAAAAUUCCUUCCCCUAAGUCAUACGCAAUUGCUUUCAAGGCAUCACUACCCUCCCUUUGCUUCCACUCAUCUUCCACGACUUCGUAUUAAUACAUUCUAACCUUCCGAAUUCAUUUCAACCUCACCCAUGGAGAUCAAAGCAGUCGACGAAGAAACCCAGAUCAGAAUCGAACAAAAACGCCCCCUUUUGCGAGAAACAGCAUCCAUCCCUUCCAGAGAUAAAAAAACUCUCAUUCAAAAAGCCAUUUCCCAGACGUUUCAGGGCACUGCCCAUUUGGCCAAUCUCUUACCCACUGGAACCGUCCUCGCAUUUCAACUACUUUCCCCCAUUUUCACCAAUGAAGGCAACUGCGACUCUGUUUCUCGCUACCUCGCCUCUGCCCUCGUGGGUUUCUGUGGAUUGUCCUGUUUUCUUAUGAGUUUUACCGAUAGUUUCAGAGACAGUCAGGGGAAUGUUUGUUAUGGGUUCGCCACUUUCGGAGGGCUCUGGGUCAUCGACGGCUCGGUGGACCUUCCGGACGUGGCGGCGGCUAAAUAUCGGCUGAGAUUUAUUGAUUUCUUGCACGCUUUCAUGUCGAUUCUGGUUUUUUGCGCCGUUGCUCUGUUUGAUGAGAAUGUGGUGAACUGUUUUUACCCAUCGCCGUCCAAUGCGGCUAAGGAGAUUUUGACGUCUUUGCCGGUUGGGAUUGGCGUGGUUUGUAGCAUGUUGUUUGUUCUUUUCCCAACCAGACGCCAUGGAAUUGGCUUCCCAAUCUCUGCUGAUUAGUGCCUACGCCGCUCUCCGCCGGAGUUGCUCUGUGAUUCGCCGAUUCUUCUUGUGGUUCCAUAAUUGUUUUCUUUUUUCCUUUUGUAAUCAUUUCGAUAUCUCUCGAUUUCAUCAAUUCAGAUAAAGGGUUCCUUGGAAACUGACAAUGGACAGAUGCAUGGUUUCAUAAUCAAUCAAAUAAAAUAAUUACUU